CACGUGACCACGAAAAUGUCAGCAUGGAGCUUGAAUUCAAGGCGAUCUUUGGCUGUUUUCUAUCAGUAACAACAUGUUUCUUAUUAUCCGUCGUCUAUAUUUCGAGUUUAUACGUUUGGGAUGCGAAAUACGACAGAAAUCAUCCCUCUACUAUAAAGAAGAGAUUUGUUAGCGUUUUUAUUAUGAUGUUUGUAUCCCCGGUCUUCUUAUACGCCUCGAUUAAUAAAAGGAUUUUGGAAAGGUCGAGCAUAUGGGAAAUAAUGGGAUUAAAGAUUCACGGUCUUUCGGAAGCCUUUUUAAUCCCAUGGUUUUUAACUAUGGUUCUGUUUCUGGGGCCUUUAUUUAUGCAACUCGUCAACGGUAGUUUAAAAAGUUACUUAAAACCAAUGUAUUGGGUUGACAGUAUGCAAAAUCUAAUUUGGCUUAGAAAUCAUGUGGUAGCACCUUUGUCAGAGGAAUUUACAUUUAGAUCGUGUAUGUUACCUUUAUUGCUUCAAAGUUUUUCACCCUCCACUGCAAUAUUUAUUUGUCCGUUGUUUUUCGGUGUAGCUCAUUUUCAUCACAUGAUCGAACGAAUACGUAAAGGACUAGAUUUUAAAACAGCAUUCUUAGCAUCGUGUUUUCAUUUUACAUACACAACAAUUUUUGGAAUGUACUCUGCAUUUUUACUAUGGCGCACUGGACACUUCGCAUCGACAUUCAUUGCACAUGCGUUUUGUAAUCACAUGGGAGUUCCCGAUAUUCAGGAGUUACUCACAUACAAAGAAUUGGCCCUCAGUUUGACACCAAAGAAGAGGCCUUUCAGCUUUAUUCAAAUCAUUUGUUCGGACGGGAGUAUCAGUAUUACUGCAGCGUCAUGUGCAGCAUUAACAGAACAAUACCUUUCAAUCUUCUACAAAGGAAGCAAACACCAAACAAUUGAUCAAUUGUGGUCACGGAAAAUGAUAAGUGUAGAGGUUUAGGCCUAGCAUCUAUGAAAUAAACCAAUAUUGUGCUUAUUUGUAAAAUGAUAAUCGCUUAGAGGAAAUAC